UUCAGGUUGGCAUGGAUUUCGGAUGAUAAACAAAACACUUGGGGCUGGUUUAACCUCUUUACGCCACCGUUUUGGUCUUUCCGUAAUACAUUAGCAUUUGUUUGACAUUUUAAAAGUCUCCUCAAAUGUCUGUACACGUCGUGAUGGUAGAGAAUACCUGCAACACAGUGAAGCUAGCUAACGUCAAUUAGCACGGCUAACGUUAUCUACUUUAUGUUUUCGGGAAAUGUCCGACAGCAUAUUUGUAGAAAAUGAAGAGAAAGGUGGGUCAAUUAAGACUCAGCCCCAACGAAGAGGCUAGGUUAAUACGAGAGGAACAAGAAAGGAGGAGAAAACUGCGAAUACAGCAGGUGCGGGAACAGCAGCGGUACAUCGCACAGCAAGUCCGUCAACAGGUUCAGCAGAGACGGCAGCGUGAGCUGGAACAGCUGGGGGAGGAGCUCAGAGCGGACUGGGAGCGACAGCAGAGGGAGAAAAUAAACGCACUGCAGAAACUAUACCAGGAGAGCCUCCAGCUUCUUGGCCAGGGACACAGGAGUGCAAAAGAAAAUGAACCCGACUUGGCAGCCAUAGCUCAGAAGGAAGAAGAAAAUCAAACCAAAGCAAAGGAGCGUUAUCGAGAAGCCUUGAAGGAGCUCAAAUCACACAGGCUUAAAGACCAUGAGAGACAAAGCCGAUCCAUUAAUGCCAGGAAGAAGGCACUACAGGCAGAAAAGGAAAGAUCAGCAAAAGUGGCCAGCCUCCCACCGCCUCCUUCAAACCCCAUUCAGAACAUCGAUUCCAAGAAGCCACAUGUAGUAAAGAAAUCUGAUGUGAGUGCCUUUGCUGCUACGCAUUACCACAUGCCUGAGAGCAUAGUGGACAGAGAGGUACAACCACAGCGGCCUGAUGCCCACGAGGGAGCAGAGCUGGAGGUGAUGAGACUGCAGGACUUACAGAGGGAGGAAAACAGGAGGAGAGAGGAGCAGCUUGAGAAGGCUCGUCUCCGAGGGAAGCAGGCGCUGAAGAGGGAACUUCUCGUGCAGGAUCGUGAGCGCUUGCUUGUUGAACUGGAGCACAUGCAGCAGACAGACAUGCAGAGGAGAAGGCAGCAGGUGGCACAGAUGCCUGCUCAGAUCUUCCAGCCUCUCUGUAAGAGACAGGAGACGAGGGAGGACUUCCAGAGGGAGAUGGAGUUUGCUUUUGAGGACAUGUAUACUGGAGAGAGGAGGGUUAAAGGUGACUUGGUGGUCCUGCUGGUACCUGAGCCUCUGCCAGCUUUGUCCACUGGCAGCGUGGACCAAGAGCUGGAUGUCACACUGAAUGAAACUGCCACACCGGGAACAGAAAACAUAGAACCUGAGGCCGAGCAAGAAGCUGGAAGCACUGAGCAGGAAACAUCUCUUCAAGUGGAGCCCCCCAAACCUGCUCCAAGACGAGCAUUGAGGAAGCUCCUCAAUCGUAUCAGGAGACAGAGGAACCAGUGGACUGACCACAGCAGUCAUGUCCCUGCAGCAAGUUCACCGACUGUCGUCACCGAUCAGAUUCCAGAGCGGGACUCAACCAUCGACACUGGCUCUCUGACCAGCGAGGAGAAAGAUGAACUGUCUCCUGUUGAGCUUCCUGGGCCUGCCCACUCACCACCUGCAUUGGAGACGACAGAACAGUCAACGGCAGCAGAUAAUCGAAGUCCUUUUGCACUUGACAACAGAAUCCAAGAAUUUACAGACGAACGAAAGAAAAGGGAGGAGGAGCUCGAGAGGGAGAAGCAGCAGCAGGUAGUUUUGCUUCAGGAGCUGGAAGAGCAGAAGGCCAAACUGGAGCAGAUGCUGCAUGAGGCCCAGCAGGAGAGGGAACAUCUGAAGGCUGCUGUGACCCAGGAAGCACCUGCCAACCAACCAGAAGUGCCUGUCCAUGACCAGGAAGUCACGUCCAUCACCCCUGGUCCGGCCACAGAGCUGGUGCCUCCUCCAGGUGAAGAUGAGCACACCAGAAGGAUUCGAGAAUACCAACAGCGGCUGCUGGAACAAAACAGAAUUCACCAGAGGUCAGUGGAAGUGGCUCGCCAGCGCCUGGCGGAAUACCAGCGAGCUCUACAAAUUCGUUACAACACGACCGCCACAACGUUCCCGCCUGCUUUCAUGCCUGCAGGCCUCAUUCAUCCACCUCUGCACAGUACUGGGUCUGCACAGCUUCCCACCGCUCUGUCACUCUCAACAACUCCUGCAGUGCCUGCAUACACCCAGGCCAAACCACAAACCUCUGCCGAAGUUCCCCCAAGAGAGUCUGGUAUGUUGGCUCCAUCUCCUCGUCUUUCUGGCUCCAGUUUGGGGGUUUGCUCCAGGUUGCUGCCAAAUGAACUGGAGUCCGUUUCAAACAGUCCCAGGAACCAGAGACCAGGUGUCUCUGCCUGGCUGACUGACAACAUUAUGGAGAGAGUAACAGAGCACCUUCCAGAGAGAAUGAGACCCUUCUUGAAGCCACUGCCUUCCAAACCGUUCACAACACACCACUCAACCAGCAUCCCUCUCCAGCCAGUCUCUGAGCCCAUCCGAGCCAUUAGCCCAAGCAUUACAGAUAGUGCACCUCUGGUUCCAGACCAUGCAGUGGUUGGCUCCCUGCUGACUGGGUCGGUGAGCUUCAGAGAAGACGACAUGGAGAGGCAGAGACGGGAGCUGGAGCAGAGGCAGCAAGAAGAGAGGCAGAGGCAGGAAGUGGAGAUGGACAAGAUGAGGCGGCAGAAGGAGACAUUGCAGGCUCUGAUUCACACUGAUGCACAACCAGUUCCAGAGGCUGCCAGUGAAGUGUUGGAUUCAGGGAACAUCAGACAGACUCGCCUCAAAUUACUUGCAUCCCUGCUGAGAGCGAUAGAGGAGAGUAACGGAGGAACUUUAUCACACCUAGAAGACCCUCAGGAGAAAGAUGGCUCCCCUCAGCAGCCACCAUCUAACAGUGAUUCCAUCUCUCAGAGCGAUGCUCCUGUUGGACCCUCCCUAUCGUCAGCCCUCCCCUCAGGGCUCCUCCCUCCUCCUCGAGCAGCAAAGCCUCCAGUGACCCGUGUCAGGCUGGGCAUCCCUGAGAUGAUGACUGAACAACAUGAGCUCAGUGCUAUUCAAGAGAUAGACACGCCCGUCAACACCAGUCAAGUCACAGGCCUGGAAGAUGCCGUGCAGGUUCCUUCGCGUGCUGUGGACUGGAAUCCACAGGAGGAAUCUGAAUCAUCUGUGGCCUCUGACAGGACUCUGCAGACGCCCCCGUGGUCCAGCAGGAGGCAGCAGAUUGCUGAAAGACUUAUCAGCUCUGGGACCAGCUCAAGGGGACCCAGCCAUCCCACGUGUAGAGAGAGGCUGCUGAUGAGGCCCCAAACAUCUCCAGAAUCCUCAGAGCCUGAUUCAAUCCUGAGAAUAAUCUCGCCGCUUUCCUCUGACUCUGGGAGAGGAGCUGACUACUCCGGUCCUGCACUCACAAGCUACAGAUCCCCCACAGAGUCUGCACUCAGGCCUCCUGAUUCUGACUGCCUCUCCUCCACCACCAUCUCCACCGGCAGCUACAUCACCACGGAUCCUGAGCAAAACUUGAACAAUGAUAAAUCCCCCCCCCCCCAGACAUUGUGUGGAACAAGGACGAAGAGCAGAUGUACUCAGUGGGUCCUCUCCGUCCGCUCAAAGCUUCUGCAUUCAGGACAGCUCGGCUGCAGGCCAUCCUGGUCUCGCUGUAGACUCUCUGUUUAAUGACAGCAGCAUCCAGCGCAUUAUAGACCGAUACACAAGGGAGCUUAACAUCUCCCUCAACACCACGGGGAAAACCACAGAUGGUGAAGGCUCAUCUGUGGAGGAUCCUGGCUCUUCAGUCCCUCAGCAGUCUUUGGUUCAUGUCUCAGAGAGGAGGGAGGAGGAUCAAAGCUCUAGUGCUCAUCGGCCUCUUCCUUCAGAUGCAGCAGGAGCACA